AUGAUACAAAUAUAUCUACUACUAAGUAUUGCAAUUGGAUUUGCGGCUGGCGGUGAUCUAACAGGAGGCUACAUAAAUGGCUUUGAUAGUGAAGUAGCAUGCGUUUCUUUGAAGAAUGCUUCAUAUCAUAUAAUAAAACUAUGUUGUCUAUAUCCACGUACUGUAGAUAUCCCUCCACCUCCGCCAAAUUGUCCUGGAGACAAAGUUCACACAGACUGUGCAUCUUCGUGUCAAAACUCUUGUGAAGUUCAACAUGAUGGGUGUACACUUCAAUGUGAUCCACACAAACAUUGUGUUUGUCCUCCGGGAACUGUUGAAAUAACUACUGGAUCGGAUAAGUGCGUUGAGCCGUUAAAAUGUCCAGAACAACCGACAUGCUCGAACCUUAUUCCUGAAAGAAGAACGGACUGCGGAGGUGGAUUAGGAAAAGAAAAAUGUGAAGCAAAAGGAUGUUGUUGGGACAGCAGUAUUACUGGGGUCAAUUGGUGUUUCUAUAAAGAUAUGUGCAUUUAUACUGAUCCAUUGAACAGAGUUGAUUGCGGAGGAGGAUUAGGAAAAGCCAAUUGUGAAGCAAAAGGAUGUUGUUGGGAUAACAGUAUCCUUGGUGUCAUAUGGUGCUUUCAUGAAACAGAUAUUCCUCCACCUCCGCCGAAAUGUACUGGAGACAAAGUUCACACAGACUGUGCAUCUUCGUGUCAAGACUCUUGUGAAGUUCAACAUGAUGGGUGUACACUUCAAUGUGAUCCACACAAACAUUGUGUUUGUCCUCCGGGAACUGUUGAAUUAACUUCUGGAUCGGAUAAGUGCGUAGUACUGUCAAAAUGCCCAGAUAUUCCUCCACCUCCGCCGAAAUGUCCCGGAGACAAAGUUCACACAGACUGUGCAUCUUCGUGUCAAGACUCUUGUGAAGUUCAACAUGAUGGGUGUACACUUCAAUGUGAUCCACACAAACAUUGUGUUUGUCCUUCGGGAACUGUUGAAAUAACUACUGGAUCGGAUAAGUGCGUAGUUCUGACAAACUGCCCAGACCAACCAACCUGCUCAAACCUCCUUCCCGAAAGACGAAGAGACUGUGGACGUAGAUUGGGAAAAGGAAAAUGUGAAGCAAAGGGAUGUUGUUGGGACAGGAGCAUUUCUGGAGUGAAAUGGUGUUUUUACAAAGACAUGUGCAUUUAUACUAAUCCAAAGAACAGAGUUGAUUGCGGAGGAGGAUUAGGAAAAGCCGAAUGUGAAGCAAAAGGAUGUUGUUGGGAUAACAGUUUCACUGGUGUUAAUUGGUGCUUUCACAAAUCAGAUGUCCCCUCACCUCCGCUAAAAUGUCCUGGAGACAAAGUUUAUACAAAAUGUGCAUCUUCGUGUCAAGACUCUUGUCUAGUUCAGCAUUCUCUUUGUACGCUUGAAUGUAAUCCAUUCAAAAAUUGUGUUUGUCCUAAAGGAACAGUGGAAAGGAAGCCAGGAUCGAAAGAAUGUAUCAAACUGUCGGAUUGUCCUGGCGUGUGCAAUUACAAGGAACCAAGCGCUAGAAUUGACUGCGGAGCAUCGAGCAACAGAAAAUGCAAAGCGAAGGGAUGUUGCUGGGAUAACAAUAUUUACAAUCUCAACCGGUGUUUUCAUAAAACAACCGUUCCCAAGCGCUGCCCACCUGUUGAUCCUGCAGAGCCCGUUUGCGUCGAAGGCUGCCGCAAAAGUACUGAUUGUAAAAAUGGCCAAUCCUGCUGCAGCACUGGAUGUGGUCAUAGAUGCAUGAAUAAUUAUUUUGGUGGAUAAGAUGUUCGCAAAAAAUAUGAUAUUGGAUUUUCAAGCAUAGAAGUUAGUUAUAAUAUACGUUGAAUUGAAACUGUAUAAAUGUUAUAAUAUAAGGUCCCGUAAUUUCGCUAAUACAUGGUUUAAAAUGUUGUAACAUCUUCUUGGUGCUCCAUAAUAAAAAUGGUGA